UAGCGAUUGUCUUUUUUUUAUAUUAUAAUAAGUAUCAAUUUUUUAAUUGUGUUAAGUAUGUCGUCACUUCGCCAAAAAAUUUUUCUUGUUGGAUUUUUUAAACACCAAAUAACCGGAAGUAAAUUACCUUCAAAUGGUGACUGUUUACGUGUUUUAUUUUAUAAUAUGCGAAUUGCCAAGCUUAACUUUAAUGUCAGUGCAUCAUUGGUUAUUGAAGAAUGUGUUAUAUACUGGAAAAAAGCAAAAAUUCCUACACAAGAACUACAUAAAUGUAAAUUAAAACUACAAAAACUUUAUGAAGUGUGGCAAUCACUCUCCAAAACUAUUAAUAGAACAAGUGAAAGUUUGAAUAAACAGCGAACUGAAUUUAGCGAUUCUUUAAAUGAUUUGUUCGAUAUAGCACAUAGAGAUGCAUUAAUACUUAUUAAGUACGAUGAGGAUAAGCAAUUUUUAAUCAAACAGCGCGAAAAAGGACGAACAGGCUGUAUGGUAGGUAUUGAUAAAAAAGAAGAACUAUUGGAAAAAACACGACAGCUAAGGAUAGAAAAAGAAAACGAAAGAAAACGCAAAUCUGCAGACAUUGGCAUUCCUUCUACUUCAGCGGAGUUUGAUGUUGCCGAUUCUGAGAAUUGUUCAUCUGAUUCGCAAAUUGAUUGCAUCGAAGAAGAAAUAGUUCAAGAACAAGAAAUAAAAAUCUAUGAAAAUCCCACAAAAAGGCCCCGCAAAGAAUUAUUAACCUCUCGACUAUCUGCAGCUUUAGAUAGAUGUAACGUUAGUGGGCGAGAUUGUAUACAUUUAAUUAUGGCUUUUUUGGAUGCUGUAUCUCUAGAUCCAUCGUCUUAUGUUUUAAAUCGGACAUCAAUUUCAAAACAACGGGAACAAUUUCGAAAAAAAAAUUACAUAAGAAUUAAAGAAAAAUUUUCUCAGCUUAAUGACAAAAUAGUAACAAUCCAUUGGGACACUAAAUUACUACAUGAUAUAAGUGGCAAAUCAGUCGAAAGAUUGGCUGUAAUUGCUACAGGUGCUGGUACUGAACAACUUUUAGGUGUUCCAGAAAUACCUGCUGCUACCGGACUUGAAAUGGCAUCAGCUGUAUAUGAUACGUUGGAAAGUUGGAACUUAAUAAAAAAUGUCCAAGCAAUUGGAUUUGAUACUACAGCGUCAAAUACUGGCAGGAUAAAAGGAGCAUGCAUGUUAUUGGAACAAAAAUUAGAAAGGGAUUUAUUAUAUUUUGGCUGCCGACAUCACGUUUCAGAAAUAGUAUUAGCAGCUGUAUUUGGGAAAUCUAAAUUUUCAAUUUCUGGGCCUGAUAUCCCACUAUUUAAAAGGUUCCAAGCUAAUUGGUCCCAAGUAAAUACAAAUAAUUUUGUUCCAGGCAUAAAUAGUUCUGAAAUAAGAAGUGUUGUUGGUGAUGACUUGGAUAAUAUUUUGAAAAAUUAUAAUAUUGCUAUUUAUAAAAAAUAUCCUCGUGAAGACUAUCGUGAGCUUAUUGAUCUUGCAAUCAUUUUUUUGGGUGGAAUACCCCCCGGAGGUAUACAAUUUAAGAAACCAGGAGCCUAUCACAUGGCAAGGUGGAUGGCUAAAGCCAUAUAUGCAUUAAAAAUUUAUUUAUUUCGUACUGAGUUCAAUUUAACUAAAAAUGAAGAAAAAUCAUUAACUCUAUUUACAUGUUUUAUUGUAAAAUGCUACAUUAUAUAUUGGAUUUAUGCACCAGAGGCAAUAUGUGCACCAUUAAAAGAUAUUCAGUUUUUACGAAAAUUGUAUCAAUAUAAAGAUAUUGAUCAAAAUAUCUCUGAGAUAGCUAUUGGAAAGUUAGUCAAUCAUUUAUACUAUUUAACAAACGAAUGUGUAGCUUUUUCAUUGUUUGAUGAUAGUAUAAGUGUUGAUACUAAAAUCAAAAUGGUAGAACAAAUGACAACACUUGCUGAAAUUGACGAAGACAACAAAGACUACCAAAUAAAAAAGCUGUCUUUAAAUUUAAAUCAAGUACCUUUAUUUUUAGAAAAAUGUGUUGAUGAUGUAUUAAUAUCCCUGUUUAAUGGACAUUCAAAAAAUAUUUUUCAACGAUACAAAAUUAAAAAUUUUUACAUAUACACCCAUCUCAGUGGUCAAGCUCUCGCGAAUACCAACAAGGUAAACAAAUUAUUAAGGAGCUAAAAGUAGUAAACGAUUCAGCUGAAAGGGGCAUAAAACUUAUACAAGAUUUCAAUAAAAGUAUAACAAGAAACGAAUCACAAAAACAAUUCUUGUUACAAGUGGUACAAGAUUACAGAACUCAAUAUCCUCAGGCGACAAAAAAAGUUUUGAAUCAGGCG